CAUCAAGUUGCUGUUGUCGCUCGCAUACUAGUUUUUCAGCUCUUAUCGCACAUACGGAGAACAUCCUACGACAGCAGUGGAUAGUGACCCAUUUUCGGGCGGGCGAGCCGAUUUUCCACCUUCUGCAUUAAUCUGCAGUCCAUCGAAAGCAGCAGUAUUGUAAUCUCUUUCAAGUGUAUCUGUGUAUACGAUACAAUGUUCCUAUUUCAAAGUGUCGAAAGGAUGCCAAAUGCUUUCUAGCAUUCUUACACAUCAAGAUAAAAAAAGCUCACGUCUAAUGUGACUCGAUUUGCGCUUAUUCCCCUAUGCAAUUAUUGACACCUCAUAAAUAAACAUACAUAAGUGUGCAAGUUUCCGGGGAGUGGGCGGUGGUACAAUGUGAGAAAGCACGAAUCGGAGCAUUUCGCUGCAGUUUUGCGUCAAGGCUGAUCUUAAUGAGGUGCAUCGCGAAAGAUUAUUAGAAAAGGAAUGUGAGCGAAAAAAGUCAUACAGUUGAACGUAAGACAGAAAACACGAAUCUGUCGAAUUUACGCGAUAGUAGCUUGGAGGAAAAUUAAAUCUAAUGUAAAUCUCGCAAAUUCGCACUAAGUAAUUAUAAUCAUCGAUUGUCGCCAUUAGCAGUGAUCGUAACAGUAUGUGUGGGUGCUUCUGUAAAGUUUAGUGUGUGCCAACAUCCUUGAUAUCGUCAUCGCUAUUACGGCAGCACUUGGAGCAAGUGGUUCUCGGUGUCACAAGAUACCUUCGUAUACCAGCACAGCACAUUUGUCGUAUCGUGUGCAACGCAUCGGUCGUGUGUUCCGUGGAUUGCACUUUACACAGCGACCGGAAGAGCCUUUGACUGUGACUGUGUGCGGGUAUAUAGAUAUACACAUACUUGCAGGACCAGUAACUCGAGCGAGCAGAUGCACUUUGCCGAAACCGUUCACCAGCGUUAACGGUGAUGCUGUAAAGUACUUUGAAAGCAACUAAAUAGACGAUGUCCAACGACGCACUGUGGGUGUCUGACGCCAUGUUGGACUCGCUCAGUAUGCAACUUCGGGACGCGGAAGCUCGCAGAGCGGAAGCAGAACGCGCACACCAGGAAGCCUUGGCACAGCUAAGGGGGAUGUCGUCUGGCGGUGUCGGUCGGAUAGGGGAACCGAUGGACGCAAUGCAAUCGAGGGCACGCGAAUUGGAAAAGAAGGCCGCUCUUGAAACAGUCAGAUGCGAAGAGCUGCAGCUAGAACUGUCGGCGGCCUUAAAAUCUCGCCCAGGCCGAACUCCGGCAAGCGCCAGUUCCGUUAGUGGCGUCGGAAGUCUCGGUAGCACAAUAACAAGCAAUUCAUCCGCUAUGGUCAACAAUAUUGGUAGUCUGGGAAGUAUGGUUGGCAAUUCCACAUCCCUCGGAACGUCCUCCGCCCUGAGCGGCAUUGGAGGUGGUGGCGGGGCAGGUGCAAUCAGUGGUAGUGGAGGAGGUGGAGGCGGUACUGUAACCUGGGCUCCUACGCCGACCCAGCAGCAGCAUCAGCAAGGAAGCGAAAUAGAUAGGAUUAUGGCGAAGAUCGAACAGGACAAUCGUAUAUUGGCCGAGUUAGAGCACCCGCGAACGACUGGACCAAUAAUGUCUUCAUCACUAGGAUCCGGCCUGUCCAGUACCGGUCUUAGUAUGUCCCAGCAUCAGCCCCACCUCCAGACAACUAGUUUAGCGUCUCACGUCAACAGUACGUCCGUGCUUGGUGGAAUGAGCGGACUUACUAACAGUGUUGGAACCGGCAUUCCCAACUCUAUUGGCUUCAACUCGAUAGGCAUCAGCUCAAUUGGCACCGCUGGCGUUUCCUCUAUGACAGCCGGUGUCAAUUCUAUGCAUGUCUCGUCGGUUGGAGUGACAUCGAGCGCCAGCAGCCACGCAUUAACCGAUGGGCAGUACAGUGUGCUUACAUCAUCUACAGGAAACUCUAAUCCUUACUCAGCAGCUAAUGUCUCACCACUGCCAAGUCGAGCGAAUCCACUAAGUACUGCUAUGCCACCCUUAUGUCAGAGUUCUACAAUGCCCGUCCUGUCAUUGCACAAUACACACUCUGUGCCAUCGGGAUCAGCCAGUUAUACUUUAGGACUGAGUGUAGCACCCGUAGCCUCAUCAUAUACAUUUCCAACGCACUCGGCAACGACCGGAGGACUGGCGAGUGUCCUAGGCACCGUUGGUACGUCCGGUCUGGGGACAACCGGUGUUUCCGGUUUGGGAGGUCUCGGAAGUGGCCUCGGAACUGGCACGGGACUUGGCCUAAGCUCAACUAAUCCACUCACCAGUACGUUGGGUACCAAUUUAAGCAACUACAACACGAGUACGUCCUACUCAACGUACACCAAUCCUCUGCUAACAUCCGGUGGUAUUACCUCUAAAAUUAAACCAUUGGACGAAUUAGAUCUGUUAACACGAUACGGACAGAGAGGUGGUACACCUUGUUCGCCAAUUCCACCGGCUAACUGGGGUCUGGAUAGCUUUUCCGGAAUUGACGGUGUUAAUCCGGCCUUCAUGCACACUCAAAAUCGAACACUGAUGGGAAUGGAACUAGACGCACGAACGCACGGUUUAACACUGAACGGUACUGGUGAACCGCAAGUGGAUAUGUUAGAUAUACCGGGAAAAGGUAGAUGUUGUGUAUUUAUAGCAAGAUUUUCCUAUGACCCGCCAGAAGUGGAAGGUUCAGAAGGUGAAUUGGCGCUUUGCGCAGGUGAUUAUUUAUUAGUCUGGGGCAACGGUGAACCACAGGGUGGUUAUCUGGAUGCCGAACUGUUAGAUGGUAGAAGGGGCCUGGUGCCCGCAUCCUUCGUGCAAAGAUUAGUAGGUGACGAUUUGUUAGAAUUUCAUCAAGCCGUGGUGUCCACGCUACGGGACGCUGAUGAUGCUCCCAUUAACCUCGAUCCAGCGCCGAUGCCGUUGGGUAAUCCGCAUGUGCCGCACACAACCGAAGACUUAGUCCGAAUUAGUGAAUCCCAUACCGACGUAGGUCAAGAGUUCGACGACGAAGCCGACACAGUUCCUGCACCGAAACACCUCACCUUGGAACGGCAAUUGAACAAAAGUGUUCUGAUCGGCUGGACGCCACCUGAUCCUCCUGGAUGCAAUCAAAUUGAAAGCUAUCACGUGUACGUGGACGGUGUACUGAAGGUGACUGUCAAGGCGACCGAACGCACACGAGCACUGGUGGAGGGCGUAGAUUCCAAUAGACCACAUAGAAUAAGCGUACGUAGUGUAACACAAAAUCGUAGAACCUCUCGCGACGCUGCCUGCACAAUGAUCAUCGGACGUGAUACAGCACACUUAGGACCAUCGGCAGUUAGAGCUACCAACAUAACCAGUUCUAGCGCGAUCAUUUCUUGGCUACCAGCGAACUCCAACCAUCAACAUGUAGUUUGCGUGAAUAACGUGGAGGUACGAACAGUAAAACCUGGCGUUUAUAGGCACACAAUUACUGGGCUGGCUCCCAGUACACAGUACCGAGUAACGGUACGAGCGAAACAUCUACGUGCUGCCGGACAAACACAAACGCAUGCUCCUCCAGCGGGCCCUCCGCCAGAAGAAGCACCUGGGGCAUAUACUGAUUUCAGAACGCUGGCCAAAGGACUUCCUGACCCUCCACAGGAAAUCCAAGUCGAGGCUGGACCCCAAGAUGGAACUCUGCUGGUAACUUGGCAACCAGUGACACGACCACCCUCUUCCGGUCCGGUAACUGGCUACGCUGUAUACGCGGAUGGUAAAAAAGUGACUGAUGUUGAUUCGCCCACCGGUGAUCACGCCCUGAUCGACAUCGGCAAACUGGUCGGACUCAAUCCCCGAGCAGUGACAGUGCGGACCAAAUCGCGCGACUCUCAGUCGGCGGACAGCACACCAACCAUGAUACCAAGCUUUGGAUACCCAGAAACAAAUACUGAAAAUGGACUAAACUAUUCAUCAUCAUCACAACAAUCGCAACACAAUCAAGACCAAGUGCGCGCAGCAGCCAGGAAUCGAAAUCCGGGUGGGGCCAUCCAGCCGCAGCCGGGUCACCUGCGGAAUCAGCAACGAAUGCUGAAUAACCAGCAGAUGAUGAACAACCAGCAAAUGAUGAACAACCAGGGCAUGAUGAACAAUCAAAUGCAACCGAUGAACCCAAAUCAAGUGAUCGAUCACGAUGAGAACCUUAGCGACAAGGAGAUCUACCCCGGAUCGAUGCAUCAACAGGAGCGUUCUCAACGCGAUUCGAACAGCAGCGGCAUUCCGGCGAUUGAAAUCACUAAAGAAACCGCCACCGAGGUCACCUAUAUUAGUGACGACAGUGAAUACCAAGACGGUGCUAGUAGCGGUGGCGGAAGUGGACGUCGUCGUAGCGGCCCUCCUCCGCCACAGCAGCAACAGGGUUACCGGAAUCAGAACAUGAACAUGAACCAGCCUGGACGGCAAACAAAUCCUCAAGUACCAAAUCAACCUUACUACGGUAAUCCAAAUCAACCGCAGCCGCCACAGCAACAAAUGCAGCAAACACAACAGCAGCAACAGCAAAUGGGCCGCAACUUGAAUCAACCACGACCGACAAAUCCCAACCAACCGGUGCCACCGCAAUCCCAGCAGCAACGAAUGGGUGGUCCAGUGCCUAGUCAGCAAAUGACACCCCAAACGAUGCCACCCUUUCCGCCACAUCUGAUGGGAGCAUCCAAAAAACCACGCUACUUUAUGGCGCUCUUCGACUACGAUCCGGCAACGAUGAGCCCAAAUCCGGAUGCUUGCGAAGAAGAGCUACCAUUCAACGAAGGUGAUACUAUCAGAGUGUAUGGGGAUAAAGAUCCUGACGGUUUCUACUGGGGAGAGCUUCGAGGCCGAAGAGGUUAUGUUCCGCACAAUAUGGUUCAGGAAAUUGAAGAUGGUGCUCAAGGAGGAGGUGUUGGUCCUUCGGUUCGAGGUAUUAGUCGGGAUCGAUGGGGUGAUAUAUACGCCAACAUGCCGGUAAAACGUAUGAUUGCACUGUACGAUUACGAUCCGCAAGAGCUAAGUCCCAAUGUCGACGCCGAGCAGGUGGAAUUAAGUUUCCAAACCGGCGCUGUCAUCCUGGUGUACGGCGAUAUGGACGAGGAUGGUUUCUAUAUGGGCGAACUCGAUGGCGUACGAGGCUUGGUGCCAUCUAAUUUCCUCACCGAGGCACCGGACCAGUACAACAAUCAGGGGCCCACUGCAAACAGUCUCGCACAGCGAUCACUGAACAGUGCGGCAAAUCGGGGACGAGGCAUUGGACCCGGGGCAAGAGGACCCCCUCCUCCACCGCGAGACAACAUGGGCGGCAUGGGUGGUUUGAGCCAGCGGGGCCCGCAGCGGAAAGAUGCUCGCCCUUCUUCCCCUACACUGUUAGACAACACGGGCCACCCUGCCCCCGAUCACCAAACGCAGGGGAUGCAGGGGAUGGGAGGGAUGAUCGGUCAAGGAAUAGGGAUCGGUGGUAAUGUUGGCGGUAUGAAUAGUAUGCAGCAACAAACACCACUGCAGCAGCAGCAGCAACAACAGCAACAACAACAGAUGCGACAGCAGCAACCGUCAAUGAUGCAACAGCAGCAAAUGCAGCAAAAUCUACAAGCCCAGCAACAACCCACGACCACAGCCUCAUCUGGUGGUGUCUUUUCUCAAGCUACUAACCUUCUUUCUGGUGCCGCCGGAGCCGCAACCGGCGGCCUAUUUGGAAAGAAGCCAGCCGCGCAGACCCAACAGCAACCUGGUGGUGGCCAGCAGCCCCAACAGCAGUCAUCCGGUCCAUUUAGUAGUUUAGGAAUGAACAUGGGUAUGGGCGGAGGCCAACAGCAACAACAACCACAGCAGCAGCAACCUGGCCAGCAAGGCCAACCUGGCCAGCCUGGUCAACCCGGCCAGCCUGGGGGACCCAAUAUCAUGGGUAAGAUUCAAGAAAUGGCAGCACCAGGCGGUGAUAUUUUGUCCAAAGGUAAAGAGCUGAUAUUUAUGAAAUUUGGUCUUGGUGGUAAAUAACCCCAGGCAUUUAGUUCACAACAUUACAAGUAUAAUUACGACUAUUAUCACCGGAACUGUAAUGAAGCUAGACUAUACUGUAAAAUAUUAUUGCUUUGAAUUACAUUCUGAAUCCUACGACAAACACAAUACGGGAUGGAAAGGCAGCAUAAUUGUGUCGGAAAAUGAAGGAACAAGUAAAAUAGGCUAGUCUGUAAAAAGAAAAAAAAUUGUUGUCAAUAGCUUUUGGUUUAUACAUUCUGGGGGAUUGAUGCAUGUAAAUACGACAGAGGCUAGUUUUUUUAGGUUUAAUAAAGUCUAAUAAGUAUAGCUUUAGACAAUAGACAAAAAAAAAACAAAGACAUGAUCACGCACACGUAUUUUCCGCAAAGUUUCGACAAAGUUUUGUUUACCACAUACGAUUUUCCUUGACUUAGCAAUUGUUUGUUCAACUUCGAGAACAAUGGAAAUAGUUCUUCAAAGAUGUAGAUAUAACUUUACAAAGGCGUUUAAUCAUUGUUACUACGUUUCAUGGCAUUUCAAGUUUUGGUUCAGGAAGCGAUUGAGGAAGAGAGAAAUAAAAGUUAAAAUUAUACAAUGUUGUAGUUAUUACCGACAUAAAAAAAGUUCUAACAUUAAGAUUAGUGAUCAAAAUAAAAACAAAGUGAAUGACAAGGUGAUAUUUACAUUUAAAGCAAAUCAUUACCCAUAUCAUUCCAUAAAAAAUAAAACUAUAAAUAUAUCAUAUAUAUUUAAAGAGAUGAACAAAUCAACAUUCAUGCUUCAAAGUGCUGUUCAAAAAUAAGAAAUCACCAACAAUCCAUCUUUACAACUCUGUACUCAUGAUCCAUCACCACAUGCUAGCAAAUAUGAAAGUAACAAAACGUAAUUGAACCGAAGCGAAGCGUCUUUAGCACAACAUGAUAUAUUCAUUAUUAUUAAUCAAGUAUAAGUAUUUCAAUAAUAAUGAAACAAAAAAUCUUGAAAUCAAUCUUUAUCGUUAUCUUAUCAUUGACUCCUAACUUAUAACGUGAAUUGCAGAGUAAGCAAAUAUCAACCUAUAACUGUUAUCAUUUGUUAUUAUUUUUGUUUGUUUAUACAGAGACUCGCUAAAAUGUUGUAAUUAAAGUCACCUAUCACAAAUCUUAACGAAAAUAUGUAGCUAUUGCAACAUUUAGUGUAUUAUACAAAAGAAAGCAUAAAACAGAAUAAAAAAUUUACUUCAAAGCUCUAGCUAUUGAUUUGAAGUUUCUCUUGAACAUAGGAUUCGAAGGCAGUAGCGAAUCGAAUAGCCGAAAACAAAACCAAAAUCCUAGAUUGGCUUGUAAAUAACAGUGCUAGGUCGAUGAGUAUGGAGCAAAUCUUAGCGAAACGAGCGAAUUCUGCCGGUUGUUAGCUGAACGAAACAUGGCCGAACGUUGACAAAGAACAGAAAACUUUAAUUCCAGGUAAAAUGUUGAAAAAAAAAGACGACCACAAAUGUUUACCCACCAUUAUUAAAUUGAGAAUAUUUAUAGUUAUUAACCAAUCUUUAAAAAAUAAACAAAGCAAAAAAACGAAAGAAAAACAACAAAAAUAACCAAUUUUGUGACGAGUCGUGAUGACGCGCUGAUGGUAAAGGCAUGUAACAUAAAACAAACAAACAAGAAAAAACUAAAAAAAAUCAAACUCGCAAACAAUCUUCAAAACAUACGACCACUCUUACUUCGAGCAAGCCGGGAAUCAAUAAUUUACAGCACAGGUAUACUACGACGUUUCUGGUGUUCAAAACCAACACACAGACAGAGAUGGCUUCAAUUCUCCGAUGAAAUAUGUAGGCGAAAAUACGAAAUAACAACAAAACGGCUAAAUUGUGAAACGUAAAUUUUAUUUUUAUUGAAGAAUACCUUAACUUACUAAAUUUUGGUCUCAUUUGAGCAAUUCGAAUUUUCGUAUUAGAGUUUGAUACUUUAAUCGGCAAAUUAAAGUUAUCUCUGAAACGCUCACUCACACACAUAGGAGUGUGCACAAAGGCACUCUCAUGAACACACUCGCUUAUACAAGGACAUACUACACAACAAGUGCACCAUUUUACUAAGAUGAGGUGAGGUAAUGUCAAAAUAAAUACAGCGUUUGAUCUUUUGGAUGCAAAAUGUAGCGGCCUUCUCUUUUAUAUUUGACAGUGUCGAAAAGUUUGCCUUGAAUUUGUAGACAAGCCUAGGAAAACUUCACAAAUGCAGCCACCACAAGCGAACUGAUGUCUUCAAAAAUUAUGGUUUCAGACGCUUAAAAGUCAUUGAAAAUUCUAAUGCUUUGCAGUGAACUCAUCGCUUUCCAGAUAAUUCUGUGCAAGUAGUUUUCAACAAUGAUGUAACCAACAAUCGUAAGUAGCUUCUAUAGCAUACUGUUCAAAAUGACUUUCAAACUAUUUUCGCUCUGACUGACUCUGAGUUAUAAUUCGCAUUAAUCGCCGGUAAUGGCUGAAUGUGGCUUUCUAAUAUUACGCGCGCUACGAAUAAAUAGCCAGCUCAAACUACUCUGAUCGCACCGAUUUCUCCUGUUCUUGUUCGUUUUGCGAGAGAUUACUCACUAAUUAUGUUUCACCUACAAUAAACAAUAAACAAAUUUGAAAAAAUUAUGACUAUUAAAUUAGACCGCUUUCCUUGUUCUUCUAGGGCCCAACGACUGUAACUUGGCAUGAGGUCUGUUCGAAAAAUUGCCGCACACCUACAACCAUGCAAAUACCGACCAAAUAAGUGAUUUUUUUUUUUCUCAGAAAAAACUGUUCAUAGGAUGAUCCGAUAAUUAGGUUACACAACCUUGCGUAAAUGGAAAUCCUAACGAAUUUCAAUUAUUGAGUCACCCCUAUGACCGUUACAGUUUGAACCAAAAGUCUUUGGACCUGCUCAAAAUAUAGAAGCAGUAUUUUCGUCCCGCACAAAUGACAUUAUCGAGUACAGUGUUUUUUAAUUAUGGGAGGGAAAGGAGAUUUGUAAGAAACUUAAAUAUUUCAUAAUGAUUUAUCAUCUAAAUAUUUUGAGUGGCUAAUCACAAAUGGUGACUUCUUAAUACAACUAAUGAUGUUUAACGGGUGACAACUAAAAACAUAGAUUAACCACAGAUAAACAGACGUGCCACUCGAUGACGAUUUCAUCGACUAGAAAAAUAGCGAUUAUUUUUAAAAUUUGCUUAGUGGGCAGUAAUGUCGCUAGUGUCGCUAUAAGCAAGCGUGCACAUUCAAUACCGUCAGUAAUGCCACUGGUGUUGAUUUAUUAUGCAAGCGUGCAAACCCAAUAGCAAAGACAAAAAGCGUUUUGUGAAAAAAAGUUAGUAGGCAAUAAACUCACAUGGUGGCGUAUGAGUGUAACGUUUCAAAUAAGGACGAUAAUUUUUCACGAUUUUUCUUGGAAGAGGCACGUCUGUUUGUCUGUGGAUUAACUUUCUCUACUACUGCUUUUGUACUUGCUUUUAAAAUGGUUUACCAUGAACUUUUUGCCGAUUUGUUGUGAAGUUCAUGGAGCUGUACUCGCGUAACGCUUCUCGUUUCGACGCCAUUUUGAACUGAACUUAGCGUGCAUAAACAAAAAAUUUACAUGUUUGUUAUUGAAUGAAAAAGCCACAAAAAAUGAAAAAUUUAAGUUGUUAACCAUUAAAAGGAAUUGUGCAGAUUAGAUUUUUAGAAUUUUAUUUUAAAUCCAUUGAAGCAUUUUCAACCUUAUCGAGGGCAGUCUACGCAACACAAGGUACGCAAUAAUUCCAAUAUAUUUCAAUAAGCUGAAAUUCCAACUCAAAGCAUGUCUAUUGGUGAAAGUUAGUAUAACUCUGCCCAUCUGCUUGUUCGAAUAAACAAUAGCAAGAAAACUACAUGCUGUGCUCAGGUGAAUCUGAGUUUGCGAUUAAACUUCAAUAACAAAAAAACGCAUUCCCAAUAAACAGGAGCCGAAAAGUAAGCAAGUUGUUUGGCGAAUUCAGUCAAUAUUUUGGUAGAAAAGUACUCAGUUUGUCUUUUUUACGUUCUGUCCACUUUCUGCAAGAAAUCAAUCAAUAGUCUACACCAUCAGGAAAAUUCAUAGAAAGUGUAUUGAAAACCUUUACAUACCAGGGCUCGGCUGGUGAGUGGUACUAUUUGAUCACAAAUUAAGUGAUCUUGCAAAUACUGACAUUAACAAUAAUAAGUUGAACUUACUGGGGAUGAUGAUACACCAUAGUUAAUUGUUAGUGGUUAUAAUAAUCUCUGAAACUUUUUUUUCGAAUUUUAAUAAAGACUGAGUAGUUCACUAAUGGAUUUAUUAUUGGCAAUAUUCACAUAUUGCUUAUGCAAUAUACAAUAUUCAUAUAUUGCUUAUGUUCACAUCCAAUAUCACCAAUUAGGGUCCUACAUCUUCGAAACAAAACAUUGAAACUGAAUAUUUCGCGCUGUCAUUUCGAUUCGAACAGUUUCAUUUUCACUUGAUUCCUUUCGAAUACUGUCAUCUAAUCACUUCUUUCUUUCUUUCCCGUCUGCUGUUCAUCGUAUCAUUUCAAAUGAAACUGAUGACCGUUUCAAUUGACGGAAAGAGUGAGGGAGAGAGAGACUCAUUCCUUUCCUCCAGCGUGUCAAUUGAAAUUAGCACUGUAUCGCGUCGUUUGAUAAUAGCUUUCUCACAGCGCAAGACGCAGUUGGAACGGCAAUGGCCAAUGACAGCCAAUAAAUACGUCACGCAAGUUCCGAUCAGUUCCGAUGAUUAACGCUCCGAAGCCACGUCGGGUAGUGAAACUGGUGUUAGCGUCUUCCGUUUUAAAUCGUCAUGAUUUUCUUUUCUCUCUGCCCUAUAAAUGCGUGAAGUAUUGUAUGGAAGCCCCCCGUCUCCGCCAGCGUUCAUUGUCAUUUUCAAUUGAGGAUCGUGAGACUGAUGCUGAUAAUCUCCGCAUUUAAUUGAAAAUCAUCGCCUUCAUUUUCAAGCCUUUCAGCCGUCAAAAUCAAAGCAAGAGCUUUCGAUUAGUUUUCAUAUGACUUACAAAGUGCUAGAAAAUGUUACAAAUGCUUUUCAAUUGAAAGCGACGGGUCAAAGCGUCGCUAUAACCUGAUAACUCUCAACUGAAAAUGACUGUCAGGCUCUGUCACAAACACAGUUAGUUACACAGUUAUCACUGAGUCCUUGAGAAGAUCUCUGUUUGUAAUGGUGUGCUAACUGGAAACCAUUAAGUUCUAACAGCCACUGCCAAAUAAGUUCAUAAAUAAAUACUGCACAGGGGAAGCGAUGAUGUUGAUUAGAAAAAAGACGUUUGAUCAGAAAAUAUCUAUGAAUGAACCUGAUUGAUCAAAAUGUAUAUUCGAAUUACUUAGAAACCAUUCAAAAUGUGAAAACAAUUUCCACCGAUAUAGAAGGGUUCCAAAGUAUUGCCUUAGCAACAGCUUUGAAGUAUCUAGAUUUUUUGAAAUUUAUUUUCCUAAAAAAACUUACAAAACUGCUUCCUUACCUACUUACUUACGCAUUAUCUCACUUACUUAAUUACUAGUUACUCAAUAGUUACUUACGUACAAUGGGUUCAAUGAUGGCAAUUUCGGUCACGGGUUUCUUUAAAACACGUUUUAUUAUGUCAAAGCCGACGUUUCAAGGAUAUAUUUCCUCGUACGUAUAAUUUACGUACAAUUAACUUAUUUAUUCAUUUAGUUACUCUAUUAAAUAUUUUAUUAAUAACUUACUUAAUUUAUCAUUUAUUCACUUACUCAGUUUUAACUUACCUCACUCAUUUAUUUACUUACUUACUCUACUUGCUUAUUUACUUACUUCCCUUACUUUACUUACUUACUUACUUAAUUUACUCACGUACAUACUUACUCACUUUGUUUACUUACUUACUAACUUGCUUACUUAUUGACUCACCUACUUACUGAAUUACUGACUUACUGAUUUACUUACUUACUUACUUACUUACUUUACUUACUUACUUACUUACUUACUUCAUUUACUUGCUUACUUACUUACUUACUUACUUACUUACUUACUUACUUAUUUAAUUUACUUACUUACUUACUUACUUACUUACUUACUUACUUACUUACUUACUUACUUACUUGCUUACUUACUUUACUUACUUACUUACUUUACUUACUUACUUACUUACUUACUUAACUCACUUACUCAACUUACUUACUUACUUUACUUACUUACUUACUUACUUCACUUAUUUACUUAUUUAUUUACUUACUUUACUUAUUUACUUACUUGACUUUCUUACUUACUUUACUUUCUUACUUACUUUACUCACUUACUUACAUUACUUACUCACUUACUUUACUAGCGUACUUACUUUACUUUCUUACUUACUUUACUUUCUCACUUACUUGCUGUACUCACUUACUUAGUUUACUUACUUACUUACUUUACUUACUUACUUACAUUACUUACUUACAUUACUUACUUACAUUGCUUACUUACUUACUCACUUUACUUACUUACUGUACUUACUUACUUACUUACUUUACCUACUUACUUACUUUACUUACUUACUUACUUUCUUUACUUACUUACUUACUUACUUACAUUACUUACUUACUUACAUUACUUCCUUACUUACAUUACUUACUUACUUACUUUACUUUCUUACUUACUUCACUUACUUACUUACUUACUUACUUUACUUACUUACUUACUUUACUUACUUACUUACUUACUUAUAUUACUUACUUACUAACAUUACUUACUUACUUACAUUACUUACUUACUUGCAUUACUUACUUACUUUAUUUACUCACUUACUUUACUUACUUACUUACGUUAUUUACUUACCUACUUUACUUACUUACUUACUUAACUUACUUACUUUGCUUACUUACUUACUUUACUUAUUUACUUACUUACUUUACUUAUUUACUUACUUACUUUACUUAUUUACUUACUUUCUUUGCUUACUCACUUAUUUCACUUUCUUACUUACUUUAUUUGCUUACUUUACUUUCUUACUUACUUUACUCACCUACUUGUUUUACUUACUUACUUACUUACUUACUUUACUUAUUUACUUCACUUACUUACAUUAUUUACUUACUUACUUUACUUACUUACUUACUUUACUUACUUACUUUACUUACUUACUUCACUUACUUCACUUACUUACUUACUAACUUUGCAUACUCACUUUACUUACUUUACUCAUAUAAUUAUUUUACUUACCUAUCUAUUUAUUCACUCAAUAUACCUAAUUUUCUUACAUUAAAUGAGGAAAGUGAGCAAGUAAGUAAGUUGGCUUACUUACUCACCUUUCUAAUUUAUUUUUUUUAACUAAUUUUUAUUUGUACAACGACUUUUUAGCUGUCAACAUUCGAAUUCAUUUAAGCAGACAGUGUAUGUAGCUGGGGUGGCGAAAAAAAACGAACUGAAAAUUGUGAUAAAGACUUGAAAAUAUAUUCCGCAUCCAGAUGGGACUUGAACGCUUCAUCUCCUUUUCUUUGGAAAGGUGUUUUAUACAUUGAAACCAGUGUUGUUAGUCUCGCUCGUGAACAGCAUGCGACACCUCAUGUGAGCCUCUCGUUGCUGCCGCUAUUACACACUGAAGAAAUCUUUAUUCAAGCUUUGUCUCGUUCUUUUUCGCUUUCUUUCUUGCUCGCAGUCGCUGUCGAGAUCAUAUGCACACACUCCCGUCUACUCUCCUCGUGUGUGCUCGUGUAGGUGUAGGUGUAGGUACUCCCCAACUCGCGAGAACGACCAGCCGAAGAUAAUUGUUUCAAGAUGCUUUGCGAUGGUUGCAGAGGGACAAAAAAUAAUAGGCUAUCGGACUACUUCGGCAGCGGUUUGCUUCGGCUGGUUCUGUAUUAGACUGCUGUAAAAAUCUUACCAAAGCAGUCCAAUACCCUACACGUGCCAGUAUGCGACAUUUCGCCCCACUGUCGGUUGUCGGUGCAUGAAGCAAAACCGGGUAGAUGAAGAAAGCAUUUUCGUUUUCGAGCACAGCUUUUUUAAGCACUCUUCCUAGUCGAGCAAUUUUAGUCGAGUACUCCUACUCGCUAGCAGGAACUCGCGUACUCAUUUAUAGUCGCUGAGUAGCGAUACAAAAGAGUUUUUGCAUGUCUGUACGUGCUUGCUGCUACUCAGGGGAAUGCCUGAAGAAUAAAGAGUAUCUCGAAAGCGUGUGUGCCAAAGACUUGAGAAGCGUAGCAUAUGUCUUGUUUUCAAGCGUGAAAAAGGAGAAAGGUUUUGCUUCUCGCUCGCUUUGCAACGCUGAUUAAAACUACUGGGACAGUGAUACUCUUCAAAAUCUAUAAUCGUAUCACAUUAAAUUACCGCUUAUUCUAUUGCUCGCCCCGGUCAAUUACACACACUGUUGUGCAGGUGGUGUUCUUACGGCUUGAAGGAAUGUCGUAUCACACGAAAAGAGUCAGCUGUUGUCGAUAACUUCUUUACAUGCGUGAUCACUGAUCGAGACUAAAGUCAGUAGAAGUGGGCAGCGCCUCAGAGCGGUUCUCCACAAUGAUUUACGUGCGUUCACAGUUUGUAUUGUUUCGGUAAACUUCGGUUUCGAGCGAACCAUCAGUUUUGGUGUGCUGAAAGGAUUGUGGUUCAUAUUCGUGAGCCGCUCAUUCGUUUGCUCUUUUUCAAGAACCGGUUCAUAUGAACGGCUCGUGAACCGUUUGCCCAUCCCUAAAAAUCAGUCUUUAACAGACCUGCAGAUGCGACACAACGAUGUUAGGCUGAAUUUACUUACAUCAUAUCUGUUAUGACAAAAAAAAAGUCAAUCUGCUAGAGCACUGACAGUAAGCUUAAGAGAUACAUCAACAAUCUGAUGUUCGGCUUUAACAUCACAAAAACUCGUUCAACAAAUGGACACCGCGAGGAAACCCACCAUUCGUCUCGCAGCCUCCACAAAAAACACGUCUUUUCGAUUAUCUCUGAUAUUUUAUAAUACGUUUCAGGCUUGCAUUCUUUUAGUGAACAUCUCUCAAAAAAUGGAAUUUAAAAUAUUUCAUCCACCUUACUUUCCUAUUGCAAAGACAUUUCUAUCUCAAAAUUUAUAGUUUGUGCAAAGUAACAAUAAACGGUUUGCACUUCAUCGAAUAAUAAACAUUAACACUGUUUCUUUUUUGCGGGACAAGAGGUAUGAUCUAGACUGUCUUUUAAUAAUAAACAACUGAACUGUUACGAAGUGAUGUCAUUUGUUAUGGGAUGCAAUACUCUCUAUAUACCACCUGUUAUGAACCAAAACUAAACUCCAUCCAUCAACCAGACGCAAAAGGUACCGAAAAAAGACAACAGCUCUAGAACAAUCUCUCUUUUAACAAUUCCAACUCUACGUAAAACUGAUCUUCAGGAACCAAUGAAACAAGAAUUAAACGGUAUUAAUUUUACGUCAGUCAUGUAGUGGCUGUCAUAAACUUUUAUUUAUUUCCCGGCCAAACAAUUCAAAUAUUAGUAACAUGCGAUAAAUAAUUAGAGUUAGUGAGUAAUUGUAACUUAAUAAAAUUUUCUAGACCGAAAACGAGAUUAGAACAAGUUGUAAGAAUAAAAACCAACGUUAUAUUUCUUUCCUUUCAAAUUUAGCCAAAUUUGUCGUUUAACAUCUCUUACAUUCAGAGAGAGAAAGAAUACAGUCAAAUGUUUACUUCACCUCAACUUUCUACUGACUUUUCAGCUAAUUACCUCUAAACAACACAGAAAAACACACUCAACCUACAACAUGAACAAACCUAUCGAACACGCAAUAUCUGUUAUAAGAAAACAAAAUCAACUCAUAGUAAGUAGACGCCAAAGGAUUGGCGAACAAUGUGAAUAUAUGGACAAGCUAAGGGAGGGGUUCAAUCGGUACUGUAAAACACUUUGAAAUUAGUAGUAUUCGUUGUUAUAUUGAAGAAAAGAAGAGAAAUAAAUAAAUUGAAAUAAAAAAUUAAGUUCGGUGCCUUCUGAAUGUUUGACGCGAGGAAUUAACCUUUUAGUGCUACUACCUUCGUGUCGUGCUUUUGUAUUCUAUGAAAAAAAAAACUGGUUUUGUUUGGUAAAAGGUGAGCCUCCGUUUUUAUUUUUGGAGCGCUUCUCUUGUCGUAAAAAUUGAAUAACUUUUCAUCUACUACAUGUACUCUUCCUACUACCACUUAACGUUCUUGUGCCCGCAGUUCCAUUUCGAAUACAUAAAUUACCUUACACUGUAGAUCAUGUUUUGUCUUUUAUUUCCCUGUGAACAUUAUCGAGAUCGUUUUCUCAUCUUCAGUUGAAACUACAUAGCUCAAAUCCUUUGUACUCUUGGUAACAAAUCGGCACAAACAAUCGACAGCUAGUUCCGCUUGUCUUAUUCUUGUUUAUUUCAUUCACCAUGUUGCGAGAUAAUAUUUGCAUAAAAAUCUAUUGGAAAACCGAAAACAACGCUGCUAAAAAACAAGCACGACAAGAUAACUGCAGCUAGUAAAUCGUUGGAAAUGAAAAGAAAAAAAAAUGAAUGAACUACAAUAAACUGAAAUAGCGCAACGCAAAACAGUGUUUAAAUAUAGCUGGUGUGGAGAAGCGUAGUGCUAUGUACAUUUAUUAAAAUAACAAACCGUAGAUAUACCGCUAAGAAAAUAAAAGUAAACUAAAAAUACAACACUAUUCCAAAAAAAAAACAAAUGCGCUUCUCAUGCUUUUUGUAAAUAAUCACGUCGAAGACUUCUUCAUUUUCUAUAGCCAUGUAAACAAGGUAGCUAUUAUCGGAGGUAAAACAACA